AUGAUAAUAUAAUAACGAAAUGCUAUAAUAUAAAAAAUUACAAUAGAAGGAGACACCUAUGAAAAAUUUCAGCCACCAAUUGGAUAAGGAUCAGAAGGUAUUGUUUAUAAGGGAAGAAAUAUUAAAACAUAAUAAAUUGUAGCUAUUAAAGAAUACAAAUUAAUAAAUCAAAAUGAAUUAAAAGCCAUAUAAGCAAUUUAGAGAAACAAUUUCAGUCAUAUUAUUGGAAUAAAAGGAGUAUAGAUACAAUAAAAUUCUUGUCCAAUAAUUGCAAUGGAAUUUGCUCAUGGAGAUUUCUUGUAAUUUAUGUAAUCAUAAGAAUAUCAAAAAUUAACUUAUAAUGAAAAAAAUUCAUAUUUUAUUUAAGUAAUUAAAUAAAAUGAUAUUUUAGAUGGUAUAAGGAGUUAAAUAACUUCAUUCAAUAGAAUUAUUUCAUAGAGAUUUAAAACCUGAAAAUUUUGUAUACAUUAAAGAUUCUAAUAAUAAAAUGACUAUUAAAUUGAUUGACUUUGGAUUAGUCAAAGAAACUGCUGAUUAAAUGAAAAAGACUAUUUAGGCUGGAACAGUAGAGUAUAUGGCUCCUGAAGUGUUUGAUUCUUAAAACAGUUUUUAUGAUAAGUCAGUUGAUACAUGGUCUUUGGGGAUUAUUUUGUAUUAAAUAUUGGCUCAAGAGAAUUUCUUUAAACGUAUUUUGAAAUCUAUAAUUUUAGAUAAGGGAAAAAAAAAUUUCCUUUAGAUAAAGUAAAAUGGAUAAAAUUUCAUCGACGAGCGAAUUCAGUAUAAUUAUAAAAUUUAACAAAAAGAAAAAGAUUUAAUUAAAAAAAUGCUAAAAGUGAAUUCAUCCGAAAGAAUAUAAUUAAAAGAUGUAUUAGGAUCUUAAACUGUAUUUUAAUAAUUAUAAAAAUAGAACAAUCCUAUUCCUCUUCCUCUACCUCAAAAAAAACCUUAAGAUAUAUAACAAUAUAAUGUCAUAAUUGAUAGGAGACCUGAUUAAUAACGAAAAGAACAAGAGUAGAAAUUGACAAAAGAAAAAGAUUAAUAUGAAUCUUUAUUCAUUAUUGUAAAAUAAUAAUCUAGUUAAUAAUCUCUUUAGAUUAAAACAAUUUCAGAACAAAUUAAGUAUUAUUAAAGAAUUAAACUAUAAUUUUAAGGAGAAGUGAAGAUUUAAGAUGUUAUACAAUAGCAAUAAAUAAUAACAUAAGAUAUUUAAGUAUUAGAAUAGUAAGAGAGGAUGAUAUAAUAAUUUGAUUAGUUACAAUUAAUUUCUCUUUAUUAAUAAUAUAAUAGCAAACUUGAAGAACUUUAAUAAUCUUAAAAUAGACUUAAAAUUUUAAUUGAAGAGGCAAAUAAAUGUAUUUCAUAAAUCGAAAGAUAAUAUGAAGAUGAAUAUCAAUAAUAAAUUGAUAAUUUAAAUGAUAUUUUAAAUGAUUAAUUAGAUUAAUUUAAACAUUUAUCUAAAUAUUAAAAAUAUGAAGAUAAAAUAAAUUAAAUAAUUAAUAAGAUUGCAGAUGAACCUGGUAAGUUGAAUUUUCUAAAAAUAUUAAUAUCUUAAAGAACAUUGGUAGCUUAUUAAUAAUACAAUCAAAAUUAAGAUUAAAUUUAAUAAUUAAUAAGUGAUUUUUAGAAAUAAUAUAAUUAAUUGCAUGAAUAAAUUUACAAUGAUGAAUAAAUUGAAGAGAAAAAUGGAGAUAGAUUAAACAAUUAAAAAUUAUACAAGAUUAAUUGGAUUUAUUUAAAUAGACAAUGA